AUGGAAGUUAAUAAAGAUGAAGCAGAACGAUGUCUAGAAAUUGCAAGAAAGAAGUGGAAUCAAGGUGAUCGUGAAGGUGCCAUUAAAUUUUCAAAAAAGUCCCUUUCUUUGUUUUUUUUGCAGGAAGCAGAGGAUUUCCUUGCGUUUAUUGAAUCGUCAAAAGCUUCUUCAUCGCCUCAUUUGAAUGGAUUUGGUUCUUCUGGAGGAAAAACGUCUCCAAAUGCAUCAGAAACAUUUGAAAAGAAAUCAAAACAGUCAAAGGCCUCUGAAACAACAAAUAACAGUUCUGGAAAAAGGCAUUAUACGCCAAAGCAGAAAGAAGUAGUGGAUCGUGUUAGAAAAUGUAAACAUACAGCGUAUUAUGAAAUUUUAGAUAUAAAAAAGACAGCAGACGAUGCUGAAAUUAAGAAAUCGUAUCGAAAAUUAGCAUUAUUGCUUCACCCGGAUAAAAAUGCAGUACCAGGUGCAGAUGAAGCCUUUAAAUUGAUUUCAAGAGCAUUUCAAGUUCUUUCAGACCCUCAGAAACGUGCAGCAUAUGACCAAUAUGGUGAUGAUUUGGGUUCUCGAACUGGUGGUAUGGGCAGUGCAGGGUUUUCUCGAGCAACUGGUGGUCUAUUUGGUGAAGAAAUUGAUCCACAAGACUUGUUUAAUAUGUUCUUUGGCGGAGGAAGCGGGUUUGCUUUUUCAAGCACAAACCCGUUUGUUGCAUCGUUCGGAGGUCCUCAGAUAAGAGUGCAUCAUUUUGAUGGAUUGGGACGGCGGUCUGGCUCGAACAGGCAUCAAGGUCAGGCAGGACUGGGCACGUUUGGUAUAUCUACAUUGAUUCAACUGCUUCCUUUCAUCAUCGUUGUGUUUUUUUCUAUUUUAUCAUCUUUUGCUGGUUUUUUCAAUUCUGCAUUUUCAUUUUUCGGAUCAGGCAUGCCGUCUUACUCAUUAACACCUUCACCACCUUUUACAGAAGCACGGUACACUUAUUAUCAUCAUAUUCCAUAUUUUGUCGACCCGUUAAAAGUCAGUUCUUUGUCACAGGUCAAGCUUUCACGAUUAGACAAAAAAGUCGAAGUUAACUACAUCAAUGCGUUACGUGUAAACUGUGAAUACGAGAUAGAGGAGCGGAAACGUAGAAUGGAGCAAGCUUAUGGGUUUUUUCGUGUGGAUAAAGAGGCCUAUGAAAAGGCAAAAAACAUGGUUCAGGUUUCAUGCAACCGUUUACGAGAAUUGGGUAUUCGGUAG